UAGGUAUAUGUUGCAAAGAGGGUCUCUCCUGUUAUAGGCAAAAAGAAGAUUUGAAAAGAAGUAAUUAAUUCGUUCAUAUUGUUACUGAUAUCAUAUUCAAGUUGCUUCAAAUUGAAAUGGAAUCCAAAGUACCUACAUCUGAUACUUUAGAUAAGUCUAUUGUUUUCAAUGCCAAGCCUUUGCAAUUUCUUGUACCUGUAUUCCCUUCUUCCUUAAACGUCUCUCCCUCACCUCAUAUAGACGUUACGUCUGCUUCUGCCCCUUUUUUCCCUUUUCUUUCUCCAAAAGAGCCUCUACAAACACCAAUCAACACAUCAAAUCAUAGAGGGCCUCAUAGUCAUACUAUUCUGUCACCAGUUCCAUUAAAUACAUAUAGACCACCAACCCCACGUACACCUAAUGUAGAUGGGAGUAGUGCUGGACCAUCAAGAAGGAAGGCCAAAUUUAAGAGUGCUGUUGGUGAUGAAGAUGGUUACAGUGACAUGCAUGCUGCUGCUGAUGAAGGUAUGCAGAAGUCAAAUAAGAAAACAGUGAGUAAUCGCAAGACGAGAAAAAACAGUAAUGGGGAUGCAACAGAAGGUGAUAUUAAGAAAGUGUGUAAUGAUUUCUUGGCAUCAGUUGAUCUUGCUAAAUUUGAAGCUCUUAGAAGAGCUGAAUCUAAUACAGAGUCUGUUCGCUAUGUCCUUAUGAUGUACGAUUUAUUGAAGAGAAAGCUUAAUCAACACGAAGAAUUAACUCGGGGAGAAUCUGGACUAGUGCGCCCUGACCUUAAAGCUGGUUCGUUCUUGCUGUAUAAAGGGAUUCGGAUGAAUUCCACGAAGAAUAUUGGCGUAGUAUCCGGGAUUGAUGUUGGUGAUAUUUUCUUCUUCAGGAUGGAAUUAUGUGUAGUCGGAAUGCACUCCCCAUCUAUGUCUGGGAUUGAUUACAUGACUAUCAAGUCAACUCCAAACGAAGAACCUAUUGCAGUUAGCAUUGUUGACUCAGGAGGAUAUGGUGACAGUGUUGACGAUGGACAAUAUCUUAUUUAUAGUGGUCAAGGUGGGAAUGCGAAUAAAAAGAAAGACAAAAUAACAACAGACCAGAAACUUGAAAGAGGUAACCUUGCUUUGGAAAAGAGCUUACACAAAGGUAAUGAUGUACGAGUAAUUCGUGGAGUGAGGGAUAAUGCUAGUUCAAGUGGGAAGGUUUACCUCUAUGAUGGCAUUUACCGAACUCAGGAGUCAUGGAUUGAGAAAGGAAAGGAAGGGUUUACCGUUUUUAAGUAUAAAUUAUGUAGAGUACCAGGGCAGCCUCAAGCUUUUACACUUUGGAAAUCAAUUCAGCAAUGGAGAGUAAAUUUGUCUUCUAGGCCUAAUGUAAUUCUACCAGAUCUCACAUCAGGUGCGGAAUCUCUUCCAGUUUGUCUUGUAAAUGAGGUUGAUAAUGACAAGGGUCCUUCUUAUUUUACUUACUUUCCAAGUCUAAAGUAUGAUAAACCAAUCAACUCACAACAAUCAACUCAAAGUUGCAGCUGUCGAAGUGGAUGCCAAUCUGGCAAUGCCAGCUGCCCCUGCACUAAAAAAAACGGAGGUAGCCUUCCUUACACAACUAAUGGGAUUCUUUUAUGUUGUAACUCAUUGAUAUAUGAGUGUGGUCCUUCUUGUACGUCUCCUCCCAAUUCUCGUAACAGAAUUUCUCAGGCUGGUUUAAAAGUUCGUUUGGAGGUGUUUAAGACUAAGGACAGAGGUUGGGGUUUGAGAUCAUGGGAUCCCAUUCGAGCUGGAGCAUUUAUCUGUGAGUAUGCUGGAGAAGUUAUUGAUAAAUCUGCAAUUGGGAGUGACAUGGAUGAUAACUACUUAUUUGACACAACUCGCACAUAUGAACAUUUGGAAGUUAUAGGUGGAAAUCCGAAUGAUUCUCCCAAGAUUCCGUUUCCCCUUGUUAUUAGCUCAAUAGAUGUUGGAAAUGUUGCUCGAUUUAUGAACCACAGUUGUGACCCAAAUGUUUAUUGGCUGCCUGUUCUACGUGAAUCCUAUCUUCAUGUUGCAUUUUUUGCAAUCAGACAUAUUCCUCCUUUGAAAGAGUUGAAUUAUAAUUAUGGAGUUACACAAACUGGAAAAGCAGAUCCAAGGAAGAAGAAAUGCCUUUGUGGGUCAUCUAGAUGUAGAGGCUACUUCUGUUAAUGGAUUAUUACAAUGAUGGUAGCUGGUAAUAGGCAAGUAAAUAAUUUCUCUUUUCUUUUCUUUUUUCUCGCAAAAAUCAU